AUGAUGACGAGUCGAGUCGAGCGCGCUGACCCUGCUGCCCACAGCCGUAUCUUGGCCGCUGCUGCCGCACGGCCUGCAGCAUCUAAGGACAAGGAUAUGAUCAGCGCCUUUCCGAUUCCGCUUGCCUUCAUAGGGGCUAAAUAUGAUGAAUUUCAGAAUUUCGAGUCGGAGGAUCGACGGCAGAUCGUCAAAGUGUUGCGAUUUCUUGCCCAUUAUUAUUGCGCCGAUCUGCUGGAAAUCGGCCCGCCGCCUCAGCUAAAGAACGCGCUUGCCAACCUACGCACCUCGAACCUUUUAUCGAUGUGGCGCGACGCCUUCGACGAAAUUUACAAGCAAAAAGAGCUCAACCUCGAGCAGGAGGCUGAUAACUCGAGUGACGCCUUGUUCGCCGAGAAAGCUAUCGAUAAAUAUAUCGAGCAGAAAAAUCGGGAUCUGGAGCUAUACAUACGUCAACGAAGGGAAAGAAAGAACCAGCGUGAGGCGUUAUGGCAAUGCCCGUCACGAGCUGCUCCUCGUUCCUUGACGGCCAAAGACAAGCUGCCCGGCGCUUUUCAGACCAUCGGGCUUGACCCCCACAAAUCAGAAGGCCACGACGUACUUCUUGUGCGCCACGCUGAGUCGAUCGCCGAGGUGUUCCCCGACUGGGUGCGCCGUACCAAGAUCGACGAGCGCUUCUACCGGCUCACCGACUUAUACCGUUUGAAGGGCCGGCUACGGAAAGUUCCAUCAGAUCUUU